AUGCCCUCCUACUUUUAUCAUUUGGCUGUCGAAUUGUUUGCUCAUCCUCAGUCUGGUCUUGGAUUCGCCUCUCAGAGCGUUGACCAUCGACCACCUACGUCUUUGUCAUUUGACUCUGCAUGUGAAGCUCUGCUCCCGUUUCAGAAACAGGCGCGACAGUCGAUAUCAACAAUCUAUAACAGCCACACAUCUCGAACUAUUUCUUCUCGAUCGGCGAGCGCAACAGCGACCCAUCCUACUGUACCCCACCUCUACACGAAAUCACCAACAAGUGCGAGCGAAUUUGAGAACGAUCUGAGACUAGACAAAAUAUCAAUUGAAUGCGUUGAUAUGAUACCCUGGGAACACGAAAGCGCAGCGGCUUGGAAACGGGUUGGCAAGCGAGACGUCAAGGACAACCCGGUCGCAACCGGGAUCGGCACCGAUAUUCUCGGCGGGCUACGCACCAAGGGGAAAUAUAUACCACUUGACCAGCAGACGUCGGAAAGUAUCUGGGGUAUUGUGCACCUUUACCGAGAUGCAGAGGAGACGCCGUUCCUCGUCAGUGAGGAUUACCCUCUGGAGCUGAAAGGGUCGGCGGCGGCGGCCAGACAGCCGUAUGAUCAGCUCGGUGGUCGCCAGGAUGCGCCGGCCAAGGGCCACUCGCCUUCUCUGCGCCAGGAUGAGGAUUGCACGACCCUGUGCAUACUUGCAGUGCCAUCUUACAUGUCGCCUUCGGACUUUCUGGGCUUCGUGGGCGAGACCACAAUGGAUGAAGUGAGCCAUUUCCGAAUGAUCAGGACGGCGAGGGCAAAUCGUUAUAUGGUUUUGAUGAAAUUUCGGAGUGGGAAGAAGGCGAAGGAGUGGCAGAAGGAAUGGAACGGUAAAGUCUUCAAUAGUAUGGAGCCGGAAACGUGCCAUGUCGUCUUCGUGAAGACGGUUGAGAUACAGGCUGUUAAUUCCGACUCUGACGUCUCCACAUCCCAGCAGAGUACUCCUUCUGCUUCGCAUGCUGCGACAAGCCCCCAGCGGACGACCAUGUCUACCUCUGUUCAGCCGAGCUCCAUACCCACUGCCACCCUCUCGAGUAAACCCCUUGCGCCUCCCACACCCGCGCUCAUUGAGUUACCCACCUGCCCUGUGUGCUUGGAACGCAUGGAUGAAACGACGGGGCUGUUGACGAUAUUGUGUCAACAUGUCUUUCAUUGCACCUGUCUGCAGAAAUGGAAAGGAAGCGGAUGCCCGGUGUGUCGAUAUACCCAAGAUGAUUUCCGCAGGGGCAGUCAAGGAGCGGCCUACGGAGAUGAGCCGGCAGAGUGCAGCGUCUGUCGCUCCGAGGUCAACCUUUGGAUCUGCCUCAUUUGUGGAAAUGUCGGCUGCGGCCGCUAUGACGGCGCGCACGCCUUCGCCCACUACAAGGAGACCUCGCAUGCGUUUGCAAUGGAUCUUGCCAGUCAACGUGUGUGGAGCUAUGUAGGAGAUGCGUACGUCCACCGGAUCAUCCAGAGCAAGACAGACGGUAAGCUGGUGGAACUCCCUGCAGCGGACAAUAGCGCGCUUGAUCCUCCCGACUGGAGCGAUGCAGUGCCCCGCGAGAAGCUCGAGAACAUGAGCGUCGAGUACACACACCUCCUCACGAGCCAGCUGGAGAGUCAGCGCGCUUACUUCGAGGAAAUCGUUGAGCGAGCUGCCGACAAGGCAUCGCAGGCUACCGCUGCAGCCUCCAGGGCACAGGAAACCGCCGAGAAGGCGACGGCCAGUCUGCGGGUCCUGCAGGCGCAGUACGAUAAACUGACUGCAGAGACCCUUCCCGGCCUCGAGCGGGACAAGGCUCGAGCGGAGAAACGGGCAGAGAAAUUCGAAGCCAUGACACGCAAAAUGGAGAAGGAAUGGCGAGAGGAAAAGACGAUGAACGAGAGCCUUAUGAAGCGUAUCGAACAUCUAACGGCCGAAGUCACGGAGCUCAAAGCCGCAAACGCAGACUUGACCGAGCAGAAUCGUGACCUCACGUUCUUCAUCAGCGGCUCGGAACGGCUCAAGGAUAAAGGCGAGGACGUGGUGCAGGGGACUGUAAGUGUUCCAGAUCCUCCGGCCAACAAUAAGCGGAAGGGCAGGGGGAAGGGAAAGAAGUAG